CACGUAGUGUGUGUGUCAAAAGGAAUCCCUCCUUUGUCUCUUGUGGCUUUAGAUGCGAUUCAGAUUGCAGGCUGGAUAAAUCUUGCGGCAGGCCAUGUUUACGUGGAGUGAAAACUUGGGUGAGGUUUGGCGGUUUAUGGGACGUUUGUGUGCCUUCAGAGAAGAUGGAGACAAGGGGAGAGGGGGAGGGCGCGAUGUGUGUGCGCGCAGCCGAUGGAUUCCUUUCCACCAGCGCGGAUGUUCUCGAUCCCCCGAGAUCCCUCACUAACUCUUGUCCGGAGGAUGAAUUCCAUCCCUUCAUCGAGGCUCUCCUCCCGCACGUGCGGGCGUUCUCCUACACCUGGUUCAAUCUGCAGGCCCGCAAGCGCAAGUACUUCAAAAAGCACGAGAAGCGUAUGUCCAAGGAUGAGGAGCGUGCCGUCAAAGAUGAACUCCUGGGCGAGAAGCCCGAGAUCAAGCAGAAGUGGGCGUCGCGGCUGCUGGCUAAAUUGCGCAAGGACAUCCGGCCCGAGUUCCGCGAAGACUUCGUGCUCACCAUCACGGGGAAGAAGCCGCCAUGCUGUGUUUUGUCCAACCCCGACCAGAAAGGCAAGAUCCGCCGCAUCGACUGCCUCCGGCAGGCCGACAAGGUCUGGCGCCUGGACCUGGUGAUGGUAAUCCUGUUCAAGGGAAGCCCACUGGAGAGCACAGACGGAGAGAGACUGGUCAAGUCCCCACAGUGCUCCAACCACACCCUUUGCGUGCAGCCGCACCACAUCGGAGUGUCCGUCAAGGAGCUGGACCUGUACCUGGCCUACUUCGUCCACAUGCCAGGUCAGUGGGUUACGCUCUCUUUCUCUGUCCUACAGCUACUGAUACUUGUACGUGAUUAUUUGAGAGGGGUCAGAAAUCAGGGUAAGAUGACACCCACAUAAUCACCAUCACAUCCAGCAAACUUAUGAACGUUUGCUUUGA